AUGAGUUUCUACUGCAAGGUCCGCUUCACCCGCAAGAAGGUACUGCUGCUUGUGCUAGUGACGGUGCUUAUGGUUGCCAUUAUAGUGACAUACCACAAAUGGCGGCCAGCCGACCCGACUGCUUUUGUACAGACCAACGAUGGAAACCACAAUAAAAGACUUGGCUUGGAAGCUGCUACCAACCUUCCCAUUCGAUCGGUUAGUGACGAAAAAAAAGGUGACGGAAGAAGCGUCUUUAAUGAUCUUAAGGUUUCCAUAAGUGAUAGGAAAACGUCUAAUGGCGAAAAAGACAAGAGAAUCGUUAGAAACUGCCAACCGAAAUCAAACGUGGUGUUUCUGAAGACGCACAAAACGGCAAGUUCUACAGUACAGAACAUACUUAUGAGGUACGGCCUGGCCAGGAAUCUAACAUUUGCCCUACCCUAUCCUGGUCGUAUUCUGAGCCAUCAUCGCCACUUUUCAAAGUCAAAUGUCCUCCAGGAGCAAUUCCUUGGCAACCGCACGGCUUACAACAUCCUGUGCCAUCACAUGCGAUUUCACUACGACAGCAUCCGGGACCUCAUGCCAAAAGACACCGUGUAUGUCACCAUAGUAAGAAACCCGGUAGAUAUAUUUGAGUCGUCUUUUGAGUACUUUGGAUUUGGUCCAAUGUACAACAUAUCCCAGCCAAACGCACUAGAGACAUUUCUCGACAAUCCUUCAUACUACGUCAGGAAAUUCGGGGAGAUACCGCAUUCGCACAACUCCAUGUUCUACGACCUUGGGUACAACAACAGGGAUCUGACCUCACAGCAGACAAUAAAAUCCAUUAUUGAACAACUUGAUCGGAUUUUCUCUGUUGUCUUGGUAUCAGAUUACUUUGAAGAAUCUAUCAUCUUAUUGAAACAUGCUCUGUGUUGGGACAUCGAUGACGUCACGUUUUUCAAACUCAACUCUAGGAGCGAGAAGUCUGUACAUCACGUGACUGCAGACAUGGCGAGGAAAAUUCUUCAUUGGAAUAAGGCUGACGCCAUGUUGUUCGAUCACUAUAACAAAACAUUAUGGUCAAACAUUUCCCGCCUUUCUUUGACAUGGAAAAACGAAGUUCAAAAGCUUAAAGAAAGGAACUUAGAACUAAGAAACGCCUGCCUGGAAUCUGGUCGGGUGACAAUGGACGAAGUAGAAAAGGAAUUUAAAGUUUUUCAGCCAAAUGGAAUUUCUAUGAAUGGCUUUGUUCUGAAGGACAGCGCCAAAAAAAAUACGACAUGCAGGUCUCCCCGGCGCCAGAGCUACAAAAGACCAGGCACCCACGACAUCUCGCCUCCCUCAUACACUAAGGGAAUGAAUGAGGGAAGAAACACGCACGACAAUCGCGAAGGCCACACAUCAAGGAAUGCUAGUAACCAAUACUGGCGGGAUAACGGACCUCCCAAACCGAACCAGUACAGGGGAGCACGAGUGGGACCAUCCUCGCCGAGACCGUACGAGUCGACAGGUAACACAGUGAACUACGCCCCACCUAGGAUGUCAAACAGACCGGCCAAUCCCACCCCUCCCCCGCCACUCUACCCAAACCGACAGAGUCCGCCACCGCCACCAUAA